AUGGCGGUGGUCGAGGGAGAUCGGGCUUGGCUGUGGCCGGACAAUGUUGAUGAUGGAGCAAAGCAAGAGGAUGUGCCUCAGAAGGUGAAGGCCGAUCUAAUCCUGGACCUGGUCCUGAUCAGCCUCUUGAGUCUCGUGGCUUGGAUGACCCGCAUUUAUCACCUUUCCAUACCAGCCAGUGUUGCCUGGGAUGAGACACAUUUCGGCAAGUUUGCCAACCACUACAUCAAAAACGAGUUUUACUUUGACGUUCACCCACCGUUGGCCAAGAUGUUGAUUGCUGGGGCUGGCUAUUUGACCAACUAUCGGGGAGACUUUGCCUUCAAGCAGCCCGGCGAUGCGUAUGAGCAAACACCUUACUAUGGCAUGAGGCUCUUAUGCGCCACCAUGGGCAGUGCAGUCGUCCCCAUGGGCUAUGUGGCCGUGCGAGUGGCGUCGAGUGCGCGCACACCCGCGCUUCUGGCCGCCAUGCUUCUAUUAGCCGAAACUUCCUUGUUGACUGCAUCACGCUUUAUUCUACUGGACCCAAUCAUGCUCUUCUUCAUCCAAGCUGCCCUCACGGCCACCUUUCUAUUUCGAGCCUGUCGCACACGACCCUUUGGUGUGUGGUGGUGGACCAGCUUGGCCACGACCGGCGUCAUGUUGGGUUGCGCCAUCAGUUGCAAAUUUGUGGGCUUGUUCAUCGUCCUUUUUGUGGGACUAUACACCGCCAACGACCUUUGGGAGCUAUGGGGAGAUUUGCGCGUGAGCAUUCGCACAUGGACGGCUCAUUUCGCGGCACGUGUCGGCACGCUGAUCCUUCUUCCCAUCAUCGUGUAUCUCGCCUGUUUCUGGCUGCAUUUUGCCGUGUGCUACCGAUCAGGGCCAGGGGAUGCCUUUAUGAGCUCUGGUUUUCAAACUACUCUUCAAGGCAGCGAGAUCUACAACCGAAGCAUGCCGCAGUAUAUUGCCUUGGGUUCGGUGGUGACAAUCAAGCAGUUUAGUCAUGCUGACAGUAUGAUUCAACAGCAACAAGUGACCGCCUAUCGGUAUCGGGACGAGAAUAAUCGCUGGCUCAUCAAGACAACAAAUCCGCUGAACGAGACGCACGACAAUUAUGAGGACAUGCACACACAAUACCUCAUUCGCAGCGGUGAUCGCAUCCGGUACGCUUGGUUCAUACCCCCGCCAGCCCUUCCUGUUGACCAUCAGAUUCACAAGGUGGUGACCUGUUACGGAGAUCAAGGCAUUGGCGACGUGAACGACGAGUGGAUCAUCUGGAAGGAAGAUGGGCAGCAUGGCGAUCACAUUCAGCCCGUCGUUGAUCGUAUUCGUCUGAUUCACGGUUGGGAGAAUGUUACUCGUCUCUGUGCAUUGGCAUCGACGGGCAAAAAGCUGCCCAAAUGGGGGUUUGAGCAGGAGGCUGCAAAGGCGCCGUUGACUUGCGUGAUUGCGUCUGACAGUCGUCCUGCCUGCCUUUAUGGAACUUUGAGUUUCACGAUAACUGGCGGUUUGAGAAAAACUUUUCCGUCGCUCAAGUGCAAAGUUUCUGGACCAGCGUAG